ACACUCCUUUUUGGUGGUGGUGGUAUCACGAAGCUGUCAAGACAAACUAUCUGCUCUGAGAACUUGGAUUUAAUGAAGCACCUUUCUGACAUGCUCAGUCCUGUGAGCUGCAGAGUUCCAGGCACUGCUACAGAAAUCUUUGGCCUCUGUGAUGCUCAGUGCACAACCUACUUUAAACUAAGCCCAAGCCAAGCAUCCCUAUAUUCUUGGUUAAUUGCCAGACCAAUUAGUACCUUGACUAAGAUUAGGUUCCAAUCCUGUUCUACUCAGAACUGGGAUUAUCCUGAUGAAACUCUCACUCUACCCUUGCAGCAAUACCCUGUCCACAAUCCUGUCAGUUCUCAAGGAGUAGUGUGAUAAGUCUGUUAACUCAUUAACACCUCCAGCUUACAGGAGACUUGGCUUCCAUCCUCUUGAGCAGCCUCAGGCCCCACGCUCUGGGAAGUUAUUCUGCAGUUUCUGUUUUGCUUUCCUUUCCUGUCAAGCCAGGCUGGCUUUUAGUUCCCACCAUGCAGCUCCUGAAUGCUGCUGUGUUCUUUCUUCUUGUGCCCACUUUGACGCCAGCUUUGAACCCUCUCAGCACUUCAGUCUUCAUGGGGAGUGCUCCUGUCACUUGGCAGCUCCUCUCCCUUCACUCCUGGCUGAAGUGCAGUCUCCUGCAGUGCUGCAAUUUGAAGGACACACUGAACUUCUUGGCGCUCAAGUUGCAGCUGGACACGAAGCUUUUCGGGCAGCACUUGGCCAAGGAGGUGGUGCUGAAGGCAGUGAUGGGCUUCAGCAACAACCCCAGCCCCAAGAAGCCGCUGAUGCUGUCCCUCCAUGGCUGGGCCGGCACCGGCAAGAACUUCCUCAGCCAGAUCCUGGCGGAGCACGUCCACCCUGCCGGCCUGCGCAGCAAGUUCGUCCAUCUCUUCCUGGCCACCCUGCACUUCCCUCACCACGACCAAGUCAAGACCUAUAAGGAACAACUGCAGAACUGGAUUCGGGGCAACGUCAGUGCCUGUCCCCACUCUGUCUUCAUUUUUGAUGAGAUGGACAAAAUGCAUCCAGGUCUCAUCGAUGCCAUCAAGCCAUUCUUAGACUAUUACGAGCAGGUUGAUGGGGUGUCCUACAGGAAAGCUAUCUUCAUCUUCCUCAGCAAUGCAGGUGGUGACUUAAUUAAUAAAGCAGCUCUUGACUUCUGGGCAAGUGGAAAGCGCAGGGAAGAGAUUCAGCUGAAAGACCUGGAGCCCAUGUUAUCUGUAGGAGUCUUCAAUAACAAGAACAGUGGACUGUGGCACAGCAGCCUCAUUGACAGGAACCUCAUUGACUACUUUGUCCCCUUCCUACCCCUGGAGCACAAGCAUGUGAAGAUGUGUGUCAGGGCUGAAAUGAUAGCCCGUGGCUAUGCUGUGGAUGAGAACAUCGUUCAAGCAGUGGCUGAUGAGAUGACAUUCUUCCCAAAAGAGCAGAAAAUCUACUCUGAUAAAGGCUGCAAGACUGUACAGGCCAAGCUGGAUAUUCAUGAAGACAUUGUGAUGAGAGAUACAAAAGCCAAGGGUUGAGUACCUGUCAGGACUCCAAAGCAUUUCCAGAGCUUUUGGAAAUCUAUGAUUUGCACUUAAGCUUUUUUACUGUUGCAGGGAGUUUGGUGAAAUACCAGAGUGUGCUGUGUGGGCUUUUUAACUGCAGUUGUAUUUUGUGGUUUGUUCUUUGUUUAAACAUAACAUAGAAUCACAGAAUGGUUUGGGUUGGAAGGGACCUUAAAGCUCAUCUGGUUCCAACCCCCUGCCACAAGUAGACACCUUCCACUAGACCAGGUUGCUCAAAGCCCUGUUCAACCUGGCACUGAAUAUCCCACUGUUCGUCUCUGAACUGACUGGUAUCCAGAUGUUACCCCCUUUAGUUUCCUUUUGAUCUAGAGAAAAAUUCCAAGUGUGUUACAUACAUAGCACUGGAUACAGUCUCUCCUGCUUUAUUCUUCCAAGUGCUAGGAUUAUUAAGCAUUUAAUUCCACUAAAACUAGACAAGGGCAAAGGAGAACAGAAAUUCUCCCAGGCAGUCGUAUUCCCUUCCUUGUACACUGUCUCAGUCACGGGCUAGCGAAAUGAAGGAGUGUGUGGUGUGUUUAGGACUAUGAGAGUGUCUGAAAGGGUGAACACCUUGAUGCAUUGCAGGUGGAUUGCUGCUUAGACAAAAAGAAAUGGUAAAAGAAACUUUAUAUUCUUUAACUAAGGGAACUGUGUGAAUUUGUGUGGUCUUCCUGAGCAGAGGUACCCAUAUGAGGGAUCCCACUGCUACAAUGUCCUAGACCAGCCUACUGUUCAUAAUCAGAGAAACCUCUCAUGAGGAUCUGACUGUUACAGCUUGUCAGGUGAAUCUGCAUGUGGGCUUCUGGGGCUGAAGUCUGCAAGAUCUUUAGUAGUCACUCCCAGCUGCACCCAGUGGGUAAUGCUACUCUCACCUUGCUUGGAAGACUUUCAUGGCAGAAGUUACUUUAAAAUGUGUACUUUUAUGCUGAAGUGCAAGCAACAGCAAUAGAAAGCUCCUCCUGGAAAGCCACAGAGAAGGGAGUAUGGGAAACUGGAGCAAUCCACAAUCCCAUACCUCUGUAGGUAACUAAGUUUUAUAUAAGUUUUUAAUGUUAAAGAAUGACUGUGUGGAAGGGUGGGGAGUUAGGAAGCUUGGAAAGACUGAGUUAACCUACACCCACUGGUAAGGCUGAAGUUUAAAACUGUUGCAAGUUUUAACUCUUUCAUCAUCACUUGUGGAUCAAGUAUUGUAAUGCAAGACAGAAGUGCCUAUCACUUGUUGAUUGUAGUGUGUUUUCUAAACUGAUAUGAGGGAUUGGGCUAUUUUUGUGCUGCAGCAUGUGUUCCCUCACUUGUACUUAAACUCACUUUAAGAUACAAUGCAGAACUUAACAGUUCUCAAUGCUAUUAAUUCAAAUUACAACAGAGAGCUUAGCAUUUA